UCUCUGUUUAUCUUGGGUUUUAGUUUUUAGUUUUUCAAUUUUCACUUUUGUUAUUUCUUUUAAGCCAUAAUAGAUAUCUAACAACAAAGUUUUACAGUGGCACCAACUGUGUGGACUAUUACCCUAAGAGAGUACCAAUUACAAAAGCCUCUGCAAGUUUAUCACAUAAAUGCCUUGUAACAUCCUAGUUUGCUCUUUUGAUGCAGCCCACUAAUUAUAUUCCAACCAUAACAAAUCACACCAACUUUUUGUGGGUUCCUAAUGUUGUUGUAGCUCAUCAAAAGGAAGGGAUAGAAGUUGUUCAUCUGGCAAGUGAUGGACUUAUACGCAAGGCUGUUGGAGGAAAUGGUGCUGAACAGACUGUUGUUAGCGGAUCCAUGGAAGUAUUACGACCUUGUUGGGCUGUGGCGACAUCUGGUGUACCAGUUUGCGAGCAACUCCUUAAUGCUUCUAUUUGUCAUCAUUCUCCUUUUAACUUAUUCCAGCAUGGAGAGUUCUACGGAAAUUUUGGUUGAAAUACAGAUGUUGCAUACUUAGAGGUUGCAACACCCAUUCUCAUUCCAAGAAAUGAUGGGCAGAGGCAUCGUAAAGGGAGUCAUGGUGAUGUUAUCUUCCUAACAAAUCGAGGGGGAGGUAACUGCAUACUCUCCUGGCUUGCAUGGGCAUGAUGCUGUUUGGCAGUGGCAGCUCUUUUGGAUGCUACAUGGUCAAAUCCUUCCAUCAGGGAUGAUGGAAGCCGAAACAGUGGUCCCAACCUUGAAGGCAUUCUCCUUGCGUGCCCAUGACAAUCAACAGAUGAUCCUGGCAGCAGGAGACCAAGAAGCAGUAGUAAUCUCACCUGGAGGUAGCAUAUUAACGUCUGUUGAUCUUCCUGCUCUGCUCACCCAUGCCCUCAUCACUGAGGACUUUUCAAAUGAUGGGCUAACAGACAUCAUUGUCAUGACAUCCAAUGGCAUUUAUGGUUUUGUCCAAACUAGGCAACCAGGUGCCUUGUUCUUCAUCACUGAGGACUUUUCAAAUGAUGGGCUAACAGACAUCAUUGUCAUGACAUCCAAUGGCAUUUAUGGUUUUGUCCAAACUAGGCAACCAGGUGCCUUGUUCUUCAGCACACUGGUUGGUUGCCUUUUAGUGGUUAUGGGAGUAAUCUUUGUGACCCAACACCUGAAUUCGACAAAGGGGAAACCUCGUGCUUCAGCUGGUUCGCAAUAAAAUUUAAGGAUUUUCCACUUGAUAGUAUGACAACUGAAGAUCGUCAGGACCACAAGCCCACUGUUAAUGAGCAUUCUGGGAGGUCGAACCUCAGGAACAGCCUUGAAGCAAAGAUUUCUGAGCACUUGGAUUUAACCGGUAUGACUAUGACCACUCUAAUACAGCUUGAUCUCUAAGUGUAGCAUAUUUGCAGUAUUCUAUGGAACUAUUGCUUGGAAAACUCAUGAAACUAAUUGUGUUUGGAUUGAGAGAAAUGAAGGAAAAGGAAAGAAAAUGAUUUUUCUCUUAAUUUAAUUGGAGGAAAAUUUGUUUCUUAUCAUUUCCUCACACAGCAACAUGGUAAUGUUGCUGUCUGAGGGUUUUUGGAGUAAAUGAUACAGAGGUUU